CAUCCCGAAAUCAUACGAGAAUCGUGGAAAAUGCUUCAUCGUCAAUAUCUGCUCCAAUAUAAUAUCUUCAGGCACCUCCUUCCCCGGCAUUUUCUUCAGCGACAGCUUCGUUCAAAAUCAAGCCGUCGCUUCAACGGCGGCAGGAGCAACCACGAAGAAGACGACGGCAACGUUCGCCGGAAAAUCGAAAACCAAGAAGCAAACAUAUAUUUGCUCAAGAGCAGAGGCCAACACCUUCUUACUAACCCGCGAGUUCUUGACUCCAUCGUCGGGAAAUCCAACGUACUCCCCACUGAUACUGUCCUGGAAAUCGGGCCCGGCACCGGAAACCUCACUCUUAAGCUCGUAAGUGUCGCCGAAAGAGUCAUAGCCAUCGAGAUUGACAAACGCAUGGUGGAGAUCCUUAACAAACGCGCGGCUGAACACGGCCUCGGUGAUAAAUUAAGUAUUGUAUGCCAAGGUGCGCUAAAGACCGAGUUUCCGCGGUUUGAUCUCAUGGUAGCCAACAUUCCAUAUGGGAUUUCCUCACCUCUGGUGGCUAAAUUGGUGUUCGGGGCGAAUGCAUAUCGGAGCGCCACACUUCUGCUACAGAAGGAAUUCGCGAGGAGGCUGCUGGCGAACCCGGGCGAUUCUGAGUUCAACAGGCUGGCCGUGAAUGUGAAGCUGGUGGCUGAUGUGGAGUUUGUGAUGGAUGUGAGCAAGCGGGACUUCUUACCUUGCCCAAAAGUCGAUUCCUCGGUUGUCAAGAUUCAUCCAAAAGCUUCAAUCCCGGAUGUCAAUCUCGAUGAAUGGUGGGCAUUCACAAGAACUUGUUUUACCAAGAAGAACAAGACCCUGGGCGCGACGUUUAAGCAGAAAAGACUGUUAAUGGAGCUGAUGAAACUGCAAGAAAGUGUUGAAGACUGUAAUUUGCAGUCUGGCUUGGAAAUAAUAGAGUUGGCCUCUUUUAGGGAGAUGAUUAUGAACAUUCUAAGUUCUGGUGGAUUUGAUGAUAAGAGGCCAUCUAAGCUCUCCCAUGAAGAGUUGCUGCAUUUGCUGUCGCUGUUUAAUCAAUCUGGGAUAUCAUUUCAUGGUCCUGCUAAGCCCAAGAAUCCGAGACAGACAACUUUUGCUGCAGCUUGUGAUCCAACAUAACAAAUGUUUUAAGUUUUGUCGUGAUUGACAUAUAAUGUAACUUCAUUUGAUUAAUUCAUUUUUCAAUUGAUGAGUAACUAAUAAAUAUGAAAAGUUGUUUAAAGA